UAGUUUUAGUGCCACUGGUCUGUCUCUCCGGAUUAUUCUCACUUUCUCCGGUGAGUUAACUGAAUAAUAAUUUGCCAAACCAUCCGUCAGAACCGUGGAAGUAGUUGCGUUCGGUGGGCAACAUCUCCGUAGAGUCGCGGCUGACCUGGUGCUCCGGUGAACAUCUUCUUCAGAGAAAUUUCGCUAAUCGGUGUGGUUUUGGUCUUUUCUUUUGGUUUUGUGUCGGUAUGUGGUUUAUGAAGUGACAAUAGCAGACUGCAUUUGUUUUUAUCACGUAGUUCGUCUAAGUCAAGAUGGAUUUUAUAUUAAGAUUACUGCCACUGACGCUACUGUCAGUACUGGUGUCACCUCAAUCUAGUCUAAAGCCAUACGAAUACAACUUAACACAGUACACAAAGACACUGCCGGAUGAUUUGCGACCGAUCGUCCAAAAAGCACUUUCAAUUGAACGUCAAGCCACAGUUAACGGAAAAUGGUCAAGUUCUUUAUGUCAGCAAGAAGAAUCCAUAGAAUGCCCGCCUAUGAAGUUUAGGAAACCUUCGGGAGAGUGUAAUAACGUUCGUCAUCCGAAGUGGGGAAAUAGAGGGCAGAAGUUUUUGAGAUUGCUACAUCCCAGUUAUGCUGACCAUAAAUCGCAGCCAAAACAGUCAGUCACCUCUCACUCACUUCCCAGUCCAAUAGAUGUCGCUUCAACGCUUCAGAGCAAUCCUGCUACCAAGCAUGAAUCUGUUACUGCCCUUUUGGGAGCUUGGACCGAAUUGCUUCUUCACGAUCUUGCUAGCACUGGGAACAUGAAGAGCCAAGAUUGCUGCAGCGAUAAUGCUAAGAAACACGGAGAAUGCUAUGGAAAACUUGGUAAUGGACAGUGUAGGGAGUAUAUGAGGACUUUGCCAGCAGUUGAUAUGGAUACUUGCGAAUUCGGUUACCGUGACCAAAUGAAUCUAGCCACAUCCUUCCUGGAUGCAUCGGCCAUCUACGGAAACACAGACCAACAAGUGGAAAACCUUCGCACCUACGACGCUGGUUUGGUCAACGUGUCCGCAUGUUCGGCGUGCAGAUCCAACGCCCUUUACUCCGCCAUCCUGAAGGAGCACAAUCGGGUUGCGGUUAAUCUUGCGCAGCUGAACAAGCACUGGAAUGAUGAGGUGUUGUUCUAUGAGAGCAGAAGGAUUGUUAUUGCCGAAUUGCAACAUAUCACUUACAAUGAGUACCUGCCUAUUGUUUUGGGGGAGGAAGCCAUUGUACAUUCUGAACUAGAACUGAAGACACACGGGCGAUUUUCUAAAUAUUCCAGUACACAAAAAGUUGGUGUGUUUAAUGAAGUAGCCAUAUCUGCCUUACCAGUCCUUCUAUCGAUGUUGCCAAUUAGUGUGAUGAACGAGACCGUCGAAACAUUCGCUGAGAUGAUAGACCUCCUAAUCCAAACACCAGCUCAAACACCCAGUGUCCACAUCAUGGUUCCGAUUCGCAGAGAGUGGGACACAGCUUCGUUAUUCAUCCACAUGGGCAGAGAUCAUGGUAUUCCAUCGUACCCCAAAUAUCUACAGUACUGCACUAAUUCAACCAGCAAGAAGACACCAACGUUUGAUAGUCUCAAGGAGUUUGGAAUCAAGGAUGAAUAUAUUAAAGCAUUGAAGUAUAUGUACAGAAGUCCGGAAGAUAUCGACUUGUUAGUGGGAGGAUUAUUGGAAAAACCUAUUCCAGGUACUGUCGUAGGUUCUACAUUCAACUGCCUUCUGAAAAAACAGUUUCAGCUCCUUAAAGAAUCUGAUCGAUUCUGGUACGAAAACGACCUACCACCGAGUUCCCUCACAGACAGCCAACUAAAAGAAAUCAAGAAGAUAACGGUAGCCAGUCUACUUUGUGCCAAUACAGAUGAUUUGGAAAGAAUUCAACCCAAGGCUUUCGUCCAAGAAGAUCCCUAUUUGAACGCUAGAAUAUCUUGUGAUCAACAUCCUUUGCCACAAUUGUCUGAAUGGGUUGAAAUGGAUCAUAUGUCUGAUUUAUCGGAAGAUCUGUUGAUGGAUGCUCUGCAAAAGGCAGAAAAGGAUUUAAUGGAUAGAAGGAAAAUGGAAUACAAAGUGUGGAGCGAAGUUGGUGGAAUAAACCCAAAAUCACCCCAAGGAGUUGCAGCGGCUUUCAGCAAAGCCAAUAAAGGUGCUCUUAAGCUAGCCAACACCUCACUCCUCUUCGAGUUUGCUUCCAACGAGAUAGUCAACUCCUUGAUCCACAGAAGAAGAAGAAGACAACUGUUUGAUAACAAUGCUGUAGCCGAUAUAUUCAGAGAUGAACUGAGUGACGCCCUGCAGCAAGUUGAUCUGGGUGCUUUGAUUCCUCCACAGACAUUCGAUGUAGAUUUGCAGUGUGAUGAUAAUGGUCCAUGUGAUCCUACUUCACCGUUUAGGACAUAUACUGGUCAUUGUAAUAACCUUAGAAAUCCAGGCUGGGGAAAAAGUUUGACUACUUUUAACAGGCUGCUUCCUAGUGUAUACGAUGAUGGUAUAUCAAAACCAAGGACCAUCGGUGUUACAGGAGUAGGCUUACCAAAUCCCAGAGUGGUCUCAAGAGUCAUUCAUCCCGACAUAAGUAACCUUCACGGCAGAUAUACAUUAAUGACUAUGCAGUUCGCUCAAUUCUUGGACCACGAUCUUACCAUGACUCCCAUCCACAAAGGCUUCCACGAAUCUAUACCAGAUUGCAGAUCGUGUGACAGUAAAAGAACAGUUCAUCCCGAGUGCAAUCCAUUCCCAAUCCCAUCUGGAGAUCAUUACUAUCCAGAGAUUAACAUCACUUCAGGAGAAAGAAUGUGUAUACCAGCUAUGAGAUCAUUACCAGGUCAGCAAAAGCUGGGACCAAGAGAGCAGGUCAAUCAGAAUACAGCAUUUUUGGACGCGUCUCAAGUAUAUGGAGAAAACCACUGUGUUUUAAGAGAUCUUAAAGGACAAUUUGGAAAAAUGAAUGCCACUACUCACCCAGUAAGAGGAAAAGAAUUAUUGCCCCAAAGCGACAAGCAUCCGGAAUGUAAGUCUCCUUCAGGACAAUGCUUCAUAGCAGGUGACGGAAGAGCUUCAGAACAACCAGCACUAACAGCCAUACACACAGUCUUUAUGCGAGAACACAACCGCCUUUCAGAUCUUCUAAGACAAGUGAACCCGCACUGGGAUGAAGACAAAGUCUUUGAACACGCACGAAGAAUCAUCAUAGCUGAGAACCAACAAGUGUCUUAUAAUGAAUUCUUGCCAAGAAUUUUAGGUUGGAACGCUAUGAACUUGUAUGGAUUAAAGCUCUUGCCACAUGGUUAUUACAAAGAAUAUAAUCCUGCUUGCAAUCCUUCAAUCGUCAACGAGUUUGCUGCAGCUGCAUUUAGAAUAGGCCAUUCUCUAUUGAGACCACACAUUCCAAGAAUGAGUCCUACAUACCAGAUCAUCAAUCCACCAAUUCUUCUUCGUGAUGGCUUCUUCAAAGUAGAUAUUAUGAUGAGGGAAGGCAUGGUUGACGAAAUUACCAGAGGCUUGGUAUCUACACCAAUGGAGACGUUGGAUCAGUUUAUAACCGGUGAAGUAACCAACCACUUAUUCGAAGACAGAAAAACACCCUUCUCUGGAGUAGACCUUAUAGCACUCAACAUCCAGAGGGCAAGAGAUCACGGAAUUCCUUCAUACAACAACUACAGAGCACUAUGCAACCUGAAAAGGGCUACAAGUUUUGAAGACCUGGCUAGGGAAAUUCCACCAGAGGUUAUUGCCAGGCUGAAAAGGAUCUACCCUACUGUUGACGAUAUAGAUUUGUUCCCUGGUGGUAUGAGUGAAAGACCUUUGCAAGGUGGAUUAAUUGGACCCACUUUUGGAUGUAUCAUUGCUCUUCAAUUUAGACAGUUAAGAAAAUGUGACAGAUUUUGGUAUGAAAACGAAGAUCCAGCAGUUCGUUUCACAGAGGCUCAAUUGGCAGAAUUACGAAAAAUAACUUUAGCUAAGAUUCUCUGCGACAACAUGGACAUUCAAGGGGAAAUGCAAAGGGCAGCAUUCGAUCUACCUUCUAACUUCUUAAAUCCGAGAGUUCCUUGCAAUGCACAUCCAGCCAUUAACAUAAAUGCUUGGAAAGAAACGGCAAGAGGACAAGGAUGUAUAAUUGGAGAUAAGCAGGUCAGUGUUGGACAAUCGGCGUUCCCAAGUCCUUGUACGAGCUGUAUAUGUACAUCUGAAGGGGGUAACUGCGCUUCUUUGAGAGUCACAGACUGUCGACAGCUUCUUCGAGAGUGGUCAAAAGACGACAUACUCCGAGACGAAGUAUGUACUGCCCAGUGCGGAUUUCUACUUAGAGAAUCAGCAUCUACGAAUUUACCUCAGAACCUGAAUCCACCUCCGCUCAGAAAUGUCAGAAAUGGUCGGCCACAGUUUCGAAAUGCAGACAGUUUCGAUAGCUUCGGAGGAUUUAAAUUGCCUGAUCUCACCCCGUUCAUAGCCAAGUGAAGGGAUUUGGAGUAGAUUUUUGGACUGAUGUAUUUAUAAUUUUUGUUUUGUUAUGUUUAGAUACAUAGGGUGUUUUGGUACUACACUAUUCCAAUAAAUUAACGCACCAUUUUAAAAUUGGAACAUUUUUGAUGUCUCGAAUGUCCUAAACCUGUUGUCUGAUUUGACUGAUUUUUGAAGUUAUUUCUAAGAAUUUGCGCGCAUGCGCACACAGACAGUAUGGCGUUUAGUUGCUAAAUCUAAGUUAUAUAUAAAUAUAUAUAUCAGUGCAAGAAAAGGUGUGAAAAGAAUAUAUUGUGUUUUUAGGUAAAUAUAUUUAUUAUAAUUUUUGUGUCUUUGGAUUUGUCUUUCUCGGGAGUAAGAUGAGUAUUAUUAAAACAUUUUAUUGUAUAUUUAUUAUACUUCACCUUGUCUGUUUAUGGUUACCGUGAAUUGUCAUUAGGUACGUCCGAACCGAUACAGACACAGUCCAGUCCUCGUAGCGUAUUUGGUAUAGCAUUCGGCUAGAGAUCGAGAAGUCUUGAGUUAGAAUCCGGAGCAAUCCUAUAAUUUUUUUUUAUUUUUUUGAAAGCGGUAAGCACAAAAUUAGUUUGGUGUUUAAAAAAAAUUAAAACAAACUGUUUAAAGUGUAUUUAUUUUUAAGAAAUCAUAUAAUAGAAGUAUAACUUCUUACGUGCGUACAAAGUACACACACAUUCUUUUUUUAAUAUGUUAUAGCCUUAUCUUUAAGAAUACCGCUGUAAUAAUAUUGUUGCUAGACAGGUAAAUGUCAUUGUAUACCGGAUGUAACAAUCAGACUGUGUUUUUUUCUAAAAGUUCGGAAUACCCUGUGGAAUAUUCUAGCAUUUAUAAAAUGUUGCUAUUAAAACUCCAUUGUAGCCUUAGGCUUUCUUAACAUUUUGUUUUUUGAUUCAUUCGCUUAUGUGCGAUAAUAAAAGAGAUGAACUUGUAUAUUACAAAUGAGGUUUGCUAUUUGGUUUUAAUUAAUAUCAUACAGAAGUAAAAAACUUCAUUUGUAUAAUAAUAUAAAAAGUUUAUUAAAAAACAAUUAAAAUGUCAUCCAAAUAAAUUGCAAAACGUUUUCGAUCUAUUUCAGAUCAUCUUCAGUGCCUAGAACUUAAUUAAUAGCAUUCCAAAUCUAGAUACUGUGUUUCUACCUCUUGUGAGGUUCUAGGAGGCGGCAAAUGCUGUAGUAGUCUUCUGUUAAUUAUGUGUAUUAUCGUAGUCUUCUGUCAAUAAAUAUUCGAUCAGUGGCCAAUGUAAAGUCCGAAGAUUUACCUGUUGUAAAUAUUCGGUUGCAGUUCGUGCAACGUGAUGUCUUGCAUUAUCGGGCAUUAGCAAAAAAUUAUUAGGUACCAAUAUAAGGAGCCGAUAGGUAAAUCCUUCGCAAUGUAAUGUCACUACUUGAACACACUCAUCGCGGGUCAAACUUUCAAUAAUAAAUCUACUAAUUUUCACAACAAACCAGAUACUUACUUUUUGACGGUUAACAAUUUGUCAUUUAUCAAAUGCCUCAUAGCCUACAUUUCUCAUAGCCUAAGGCUACUUAGGCUUGUUUAUUAAACUAAGUGGGGAUAAAUGAGGAUAUAUUGAAGAAAAACGUGGCUAGUUGUUAAAGUACCUAACUUUUUUAUUAUUAAAAAUAAGCGAAUUAAUCAAAAAAUAAAUAUUAAGAAAACUUGAGGCUACAGUUGGGUUUUAAUUUUGAGAAAAAACACAUUUUGAUUUGUACCUACACCCGGUAUAAAAUGACAAUUUACCUGUCUAGCAACAGUGUUAUUAAAGCGAUAUUGUUAAAGAAUAACGCUGUAACAUAUUAAAAAAUCACUUAAAUUUUACAGGUUUAGGAAAUACAAGACAUAAAAAUAACCCAUUUUACGGUGGUGCGUUAAUUUCUUGGAGAAGUGUUUGUGCAAGAAAAUAGUCAAAAUAUGUAUAUUUGGGCAUCCCAGUCUUUUCUAUGAUAUGGGAAAACUAAACUCACAAAAAUGGGGAAAAAGCUCUACUAUAGUCUCGAGUUUCACAUAAGAAAGAAUAAAGAUGUUUUUGUGAAUACUUAUAAAUCAGUUACUUCUAAGUAUACUUAUAAAUCAGACUGCGAGGCACAGUCUAAUGCCGUCUCAACCGGACCAAAAAAAGUGUGGAUGUCUGCAGAUACUUUUGACCUCGUUGAAGAACGUAGAAAACUUAAAAUUGCUGGAAUCGAGAACCCUCUCAGGAAUUCCCAGUACCGACAGCUAUCUAGAGCUAUUCAGGCUGCUUGUAGACUAGACAAAAACAAGCAUAUAGAGAAAAUCUGCAGAGAAAUUCAACUACAUGCCGACACAAAUAACACCAAAGAACUCUUUGAUAAAGUCAGACUACUCACACGUAAAUUCAAACAGAAAUCUUGGUCUAUCAAAGAUGAUGAAGGUAAUGUACAGACGGAUUUGGACAAGGUUAUUGAUGUUUGGAGGGCGUAUUGUAAGUCUUUAUACGCCAAUACGGACCAGAUGCCGGCGGACACCCCGUUUGUACCUGACUGCCAGACCUCCACUUUCCAUUCUCCUUCAACAGAGACACACCAAACUAGUUUUGAAUCUGAACCUGACAUACUUUUUUCCGAGGUGGAAUUCGCUUUAAAAAGACUUAAGUUAAACAAAGCAGCAGGAUAUGAUCUCAUUACUGCAGACGUCUUGAAGCAUCUUCCGGAAUGUGGAGUGAAAAUAUUACAUCGAUUGUGUAAUGAAAUAUGGCACACAGGCGUUUGGCCUGAGGAUUGGAGAAAGACCAUAAUCAUAUCUCUUCAUAAGAAAGGUUCAACAAAUAAUUGUAAUAACUACAGGCUAUUAGCUCUAAUAUCACACGCCAGUAAGGUGAUCCUCUACAUACUGCACAGCAACGGCGUCUAGAAAACUUCAUAAGUUGGCAAAUAGCACCUGAGCAGGCUGGAUUUGUAAAGGGCAGAGGUACUAGAGAACAAAUCCUUAAUGUAAGAAACAUCAUAGAAAAAGCCAGAGAAUACCAGAUCCCGAUAUUUAUAUGUUUCGUCGAUUAUACAAAGGCCUUUGAUAAUGUUAGAUGGGACAAACUAUGAAACAUAUUGACGACAAUGGGUGUACCUAAACACUUGACUCACCUUAUUAGCAAACUGUACCAAGAUAACCUGGCAUAUAUUCGAAUGGACGGAUACCUGUCUGACAAAUGCACUUUGGAGAAGGGAGUACGCCAAGGAUGCGUUUUAUCUCCCUUAUUAUUUAACAUCUAUUCGGAGUUCAUAAUGCGCAGAGUCUUGGAUGGUUGGGAGGGAGGAGUAAACCUAGGUGGUGUUAAGAUAUCUAACUUGCGUUUCGCAGACGACACUACACUUCUAGCCUCUACUCCAGAAGAAAUUAUUGAAUUAUUAAAAAAACUCGAGGAAGAAAGUGCUAAAUUUGGACUCAUGGUUAACUACAACAAAACCAAAAUCAUGGUUAUUGAUCGCCAACAACAGUUUCCUGAAACCCAAACUAUUUCGGGAUGCGAGGUAGUCUCAUCUAUGAUAUAUCUUGGAGCUCUAGUUAACAACACAGGCAGUUGUGAACCCGAAAUUAGAAGACGCAUUCAACUAGCAAGAGCAGCAAUGAGUGAACUAAACGGGGUCUGGCGUGAUCGUCACAUUACUAUGACAAACAAAAAGAGACUCGUUUCAACUCUGGUCUUUUCCAUAUUUUACUAUGCAUGCGAGACAUGGACAGUCAAAGAAUCAUAUAGACGACGUAUAGACGCCUUUGAAAUGUGGACAUGGAGACGCCUGCUUCGAAUUCCAUGGACGGCUCGCCGUACAAAUGUCUCGGUUCUGGAUGAAAUUAAACCGGAUCAGCGUCUCUCCAGUACCGUUUACUCUAGAAUUUUAAAGUUCUUUGGUCAUAUCCAUCGGAGUGAUCACAAAAUGGAGCGGUUGGUGGUCCAAGGAAGGCCUCAGACUCAACGCCAACGCGGAAGAUCUCCACAGCGAUGGGCGGACAUUACUAAAAAGCUUCUCAACAAACAGUAUACUGAGGCAAUACAUGUAACUGAUGACGACCGCGACCAGUGCAGAAAUAUUAUCAAUCAAACUGUCCGAGCUGCUGAAGCCCAAUUAUGAACCACAACACAUCUACUAAGAUGUUAAUGACUAUGAUGAUGAUAAAUCAGUUACGGUUGUUUGUUUCUUUAUAAUUUUUCAAAUUAGAGGUAGAAUUUUUUAUUGGAAGUAUUUAGUAGCAAAUAAUAAUCUAAAAAUAAAGAUGACGGUCUACCUUUUCGAUACAGAGUAAACUUAUUGAUAUUGAACCCCAAAACACCCUAUUAAAAAAUUAUUACAUCGUGUACAGAUUUAGUGAAAAAUAUUUUGUGCCAGCAAAUUCUGUCGUUUCUAAACGUUUGUAAAAUACUUUUUAAAAAGAAAUGGUUUAUUAUUCAACAGUAUGUGCAUUUAUUUUCCUCAUAGGGCAAUAUAAUAGGUAGGUACCAAAGCUGAUCUAACCAUUCUAUAUGAAUUAGUAACGUGGAGGUGGCAAUGCAGUGUGGAGAAGACGAUACAACUUCGAACUUCAUAAAAUAUACCAGGAACCAGAUAUAAUAAAAUACAGUAAGAUAGGACGUCUGAGGUAGGUAGGGAAUGUUAAUGCGGAUGGACCAAAAGUCGUAGCUAGAAAAAUUCUCCUUGGUAGACUCAUUCGUCUGAGAAGAAGAGAAAGAUCCAGAGGAAGAUUUCUUGAUAACGUUGGUGAAGACAUGAGAAAUGUGUGAGAAAAGAAAUUCUUGAGGAGGCUUGGACCUUCACACGGUUAUAAAGCCAGAAUGAUGAUGAGUUGAUGAUGAACAAAAAAAUGCAUUUUUACACCAUAAAUAAUUAUAUACGUAAGCUUUAUAAUGAUACAGGUAUAUGUAUAUUCCAAAUGGGAUUUACAAUAUGUAGUUGUCUACAGUUAUUUUGGACAUCAUUAUACUUAUUAGGUACUAAAUCUAUACUAAAACCUUUCAUGAAUUAUUCUGCCCUAUAAGGUCCCUAAAUUUUAAAAGAAUACAAAUAAUAUGGAACCAUUUCUUUAAUUGAUUUAAUGUAUAUUAAAAUUGUUGUAUAAAUUUGUUGUAUAUAUCUAUAUUACCAAUUGUAUUUGUGAUUAAUGUUUCAUAUCCACUAAUAUAUAAGCUAAACAAAAACCAACAAUAUGUUAUUUAUUAAACUUUUGUUUACCUCAUAUAUCAGGUGAUUGAUACCUAUGUACUUAUAUUAUUAGAAGUAAUUGUUAGAUUUAGUUUUAUGCGUAAUAAUAUAGCCACUGCUCCUAGUACCAUGAAAGCAAAAUAUUAGAACUACAGUUUUUAGGAUAGCUUUAAUAUUAUUGUAAAAACUAUUUCAGUUCACAUGCUCUAGAUAUUAGUCAGUAAAAAAUUCAAGUACAAUUUUUUUAUAACAAUAAAACGCUGAAAACGUUUGUUUUCCAUACUAUCACAAAUUUUAUUACAACUAUGGGAGCGUUCAAGUAUUACGUAACGCGAUUUUUGAAGAUUUUUGACCCCUCCCCCCUACGUAACGCACUGUAAUGGGCGUUUAACUAUUGCGUAACGCAAUUUUUGAAGAUUUUUGACCCCCCCCAACCUGCGUUACGUAAUACUUGAACGCUCCCUAUGUGACUACGCAGAGUCCCUUUCUCAAUUUUUAUACAUAUUCUAAGUGCACAAUGGUACCCCGUCAAAAUAGCGCGUCGAAAAAGCUCCGACAAAAUAGCCCCGACAAAAUAGCCCCGACAUAAUAUCCCGCACACAAAACAGCUCCGACAAAAUAGCCUGCAGACAAAAUAGCCGCGGAACAAUAGCACGCCCCCAAAAUAGCCCCGACAAAAUAGUCCCGAUAAAAAAACUCCGUUCUGAAUUCACCAUGAAAUACUUAAUCCCUUAAAAAUACAUUUUUUCGGAAAUGGUUAUUAUCCUCUAUUCAGAUGUUUAGCUUAAUCACAUUAAAUAAAAAUGGUCUUUUCAGAGAGCUCGAACCCUGUGUCUUCUGUUAGGCCAAGUUCUUACAAUGCGUUCUGUUAUCUAAAGAAUUUGACAAACAAUUAGCUUUAAGUUAAAUUCGACGAUAAUUUGCUAUAGUUUAACUAUAAAGAUCUUUAUCCUAGUUAUAUUAUUAUUUAACCAAAAAAAUCCUGGUUUUUCCUCGUUGAUUUACUAUAGAAUCACUAACACGAGAAUUUUACUUUCACCGUAGCAUGUGGUUGUAUUUUUAUGCUAUGAUUUUUUUGUGACGGAUAUUCUCAAGUUAAAUUGAUUUCAUGUAAUCGAAUGAACUCUCUUUCAAUAAAGUCGUCCCAGGAACGCCACUCAUAAAUAUUGGCAAUAUAAUUUUAAAGUCUUCUACUUUAAAAUGUAUAAUAUAUGUCUGAAUUGCCGAUAUGAAUGAGUCAUAUUAAAAUAAAUUAUUAGAACAAUUUUAUGUCUGGUUAAUUGGCUCGGCCAAGGCCAUCAAAUUCACACACAAAAAAAAUAGAACAAUUUUUUCCUGGUUCAGCUGAUUUUCCUUCUAGCUUCAAUUCUUAGCAGUCUGUCCUCCUCCAUUUUUUUUUACAUGACUGAACCAUUCUCUUCGUCUUGCCUACCCCAUCUUACUACAUCUUGCACGCCACAUUGUUCCCUGAUGAUGGUGUCUCGUAUUAUAUCCCUUAUUGUCGUCCUUGCUAUUGCUCUUUGUCUUAAUUUCGGCAGUUCGCAGCAUGCUUUUGGUUUUAUUGGUGUUUUCUCUUAAUUCAAUACCAUAGGCCAUAACAGGUCUGAUGCAAGUUUUAACGUACCAUAAUUGAAUUUUUUUAACAAUUUUUGUUGAUUAGUUCUGUACCGACGAAUUUCCUCCAUUUUGUAGAAACUCUGUACGUAGGUAUAACAUAGAGUAUAUAUUUUCCUUGUAAUGUUUCAUCUGUCUAGAUCUUAAGACUCUUUUAUCCAAUUCCUAUGAAAACGUUUUAGAUCGUCAGUCCAACGUGUUGGUGGACGACCUGUGCUUUGGUAGGCAUCAUAUCUAGGUCUCCUAACCACUAUCUACUUUUUCUAUCUGUUAGCUGUCAUUCUGGACACGUGACCUGCCCAGUUCCACUUCAAUGUUGCUAUUCUUUUUACAGCAUCAGUUUGGGAUCUUGUCUAGCAGUGAAAAGUUCAACAUAGCACGCUCCAUCGCCCUUUGAGAUACACUGAACUUUUGCACAAAUCUCUGUGUCAUGGUCAACGUUUCCCGGUCAAGACUUGCAAACACACUGACUAAAGGUAUUUCUUUUAAGACAUAUUGAUAUGUCGGACGAUUUGAAAAUGUGAUGCCACUUGCCGAUGGCUGCCCAAGUCAGUCUUAUACGACGGACGGUUUGGUUGUCUUUCCUAUGGGAAUCUCGUGAUCUAGGUAUUGAGAGGCUCUUACCUGGUUUGUGGAUCUUGUUCCUAAGCAUAUUUAUAUCAUCUGGGUUUUAAAUAUUUGUUUUCAAUCCACCUUCUAACAAGGAAAGGUAAAUAGACCACGGCGCAUCUGUAAAAAUAUUAGUAUUUACAUUUGGACGUUGAGAGGUGACUCAUAUUUUUUUGCAGAAAUUGCUUGAAAAUAACUCAUAUAAUAAUAUUUAAGUUAUCCUCCCACUCAAAAAGGUCCGGAACAUUGUUUAAAUAAUCAAAAUGUCAAAAAAUUAAGGAAAAAUUCGAUUUUUUCUUCGUUUUUUGAUUAUAACUUUGAAACUAUUUAUUUCUGAGAAAAGUUGUACUGACAUAAAAGUUGCACAAUUAAAUUUCCUACAAUACAGAAUUCGCUAAAAAUUUUAAAAGCUGUCACCCUUGUUGCAAAAUAGCAAUAAUUGCGAAAAAACGAUAAAAAAACAAGUUUUCGCAUUUUACGUUUUUCAACCAUUUAUGCUACACCUAGGACCUUCAUGUUUUACCUAGAAAAACUUUAUGAUAUAAUAAAACAAUAAUGUGAAUUUCAUUAAGAUCGGUUGAAUAGAUUUUGCAAAAUAAAUUUUGCAAUCCAGCUUUCGCAAAAAAAAAUAAUUUUUUUAAAAUCUUGCAGGACUGAAUAUAACGCAGACAACAAGUUUAUUUUUUACAUAUAGAAGAAUACCGUACCUUUAAUUUGUAUUUUGCAAAAUUUAAAUCGGUUAACCACUACGGCGUCAGGAAUUUUUUUAAAUACACAUUUUUUUUGGUGCUACGCGCAGGAGAGCGGAUAGUUUGCUCUGAUUGUGCAUUCCAAUGACCUUUGAUAAUGAUUGACAAAUUUUAAUUUUUAGUACAUUUCGAUAUAAAUAAAUAAAUUUGUUUAUUGCAAAAUAAAAACACAUGCUCUGUCUUUUAAAAUAACACUUUUUUGGCAAAAACUUCCUUUGUUCAUAUACAUAUUUUAAGUUCAUAUACAUACUGUUUAAACAAUAUUUCACAAACAAUUAUCAAAUUAGUUUGAUUUUUGUGGAAAUAAAAUAUUAAAACACAACAAAAUAUAGUGUAAGAAAAUAAUAUAUAUUAGACAAAGAUUGGAAGAAAUUUUGGUGGAAAUCAACUUGUGCGAAUCGAACACCGCUGUCCUGCGCGUAUCACCAAAAACUAAUGUUUAUUUAAAAAAAUUCCUGACACCGUGGUAGUUAAUGGGUUUUAAUUUUAAAAAUUUCAAAUGAAAGGUACGGUAUUCUUCUAUACGUAAAAAAAUUUCAACUUGCUAUCUGCUUUAUAGUUCAGUCCUGAAACAUUUUGAAAAAAUGAAUCUUUUUGCGAAAGCUGGAUUGCAAAAUUUAUUUUGCAAAAUCUAUUGCACUGAUUACAGUAUUGUUUUACUGUAUUAUAUAGUUUUUCUGGGUAAAAUAUGAAGGUCCUUAGUGUAGCCAUAAAUGGUUGAAAAACGUAAAAUGCAAAUACAUGUUUUUUAUGGUUUUUUCGCAAUUAUUGCUAUUUUGCAACAAGGGUGACAAUUUUUAAAAUUUGUGACAAAUCCUAUGUUGUAGGAAAUUUACUUGUGCAACUUUUACAUUUGUACAGCUUUUCUCGAAAGUGAAUACUUUGAAAGUUAUAAUUAAAAACUAAGAAAAUAAUCGAAUUUUCCUUCAUUUUUGACAUUUUGAUUAUUUAAACAAUGUUCCGGACAUUUUUGAGAGGUACGAUAACACAAUUAUCAUUAUAGGAAUUAAUUCCAAGAAAUUUCUGCAAAAAAUAUGAGUCACCUCUCAACGUCCAACUCAAAACAGAUGCGUCUUGGACUAAAAGCCGAUAUAACAGUUCGUUGGUCUCAUCUAUCCUAUCAGGGACUAGCACAAUAUCAUUACAAACCUCAGGUGGCUAAGCCUUUCUCCAUUAUUUAUGGUAUGCCCUUGUCGGUCAGUUUUGUCCUAUUACAUAACACUCCAAAAUUGUAGUGAAUAUGUAUAUAUAUCUUAAAAAUUUUUGCAAUUGUUGUAACUAAAGGUGAUAUGCAUAAAACAGUUAUUCUUCAUCCAUUAUAAUAUAGUGUUUUUUCUCAUUAUAGCCAAUAAGAAUAAUCCAUAAGUCCAUAAUCACAUUCUGUUAUUAAUAGAAAUAUUUUUAAAACAUGUACAAUUUUCUUUUUGGGCAAGACGGCUUGUUCAGAACUUUUAGAAUUAUUAAUGCCUUGUUGCCCCAACAGAUAUUAGGCCUAAGGCGUACCUUUAGCUCAAAAAUAUAAAUGUAAAUCCUUAUGCUGGUGUCACACUAGCGUCUAAUGCCGUUAAUUAUCACAUUUUUUGACAUAUUUCUAAUGCAAAUAAUGCGAUAAUUAACAGUAUUAGAUGCUAGUGUGGCCCCAGCAUUGAAGUAUAAGCUGAGCUGGGCUGAGCUGGAGCUUAAGAUCUGUUGGUGCAACCAGGCAUAAAUACUGUUAAAAUUAUGUAUAUUGAUUCAUGUUAGUUUGUAUUUCUUUCUAUUCAAAAAACUAAAAUAAAAAAUCCUUGUAAAUAUACAUAAUAUGUGUU